UGCGCCCCGCUUCCUUGUUAAGAGCCAGAUGCACUUCCAGAGGGAAGGCUAACCUGAGCCUGCCUGUCCGCAGCACCUUGCUUUGCUCUUUCCAGGAGGAUGUAUUGGGUCAGAAGCAGCAACAGAGUCUCCACUGGCUGGUCUAGGAGAAGCGGAGGCCAGUUCUCCCCGUCCCAGGCUUGUGUGGGCUAAGCCACCUGCACUUCUCCUGGUGUUUCCUAAGCUGUCUUUCUUCUUUGACCGAACCUCUGUUUGGAUAACGCAAGCUAAACUGAAGUACGAUUCGGGUUCGCCCAAAAAGUUUUCUUCUUCAGCAGCUGGUGAAACCCCAACCUUUCCCCUGCAAUUCCCUCCGUUUCCUUGAAGAGACCCCCAUGCCCUAAAACUUAUCAUGACGACUGGCUGUGAGCCUGGGCAAGGCCCCUUUGAGGGCGGUGGAGGCAAUGGAGGAUGUACUUCUGGAGCCCCCCGGAGAACCAGGCCCCAGCGAGGGAGCGAAGCCCAAGGCCAAGCCAACGAUGACAUGGACAUCAACAGCAACGGCUCCAGUGGCAAUGAGUCCCAUGGUGACUCCCACAGCAGUUCUCACAGCAGCGGUAAUGGCAAAGACUCAGCCCUGCUGGAAACCACUGAAAGCAACAAGAGCUCCAAUUCCCAAAGCCCAUCUCCUCCCAGCAGCUCCAUUGCCUACAGCCUUCUUAGUGCAAGCUCUGAGCAGGACAACCCAUCAACCAGUGGUUGCAGCAGUGAGCAGUCUGCACGGGUGAAGGCCCAGAAGGAACUCAUGAAGGCCCUGAAGGAGAUGAAGAUCCGGCUGCCCUCUGAGAAACGCAGCAAGGGGAAGUCAGGGACUCUGGCCACUCUGCAGUAUGCUCUCUCUUGUGUAAAACAAGUCCAAGCGAGCCAGGAUUACUAUCAGCAAUGGACCAUUGAUGACAGUCAUCCUUGCAAUCUGGACAUGUCUUCUUACACUAUCGAGGAGCUAGAAAACAUCACUUCAGAGUACACUCUCAAAAACCCUGAUACCUUUUCCGUGGCUGUCUCUUUCAUCACGGGGAAAAUUGUCUACAUCUCGGACCAGGCAGGCUUCAUCCUCCGCUGCAAGAAAGAUGUCUUCAAGGGGGCAAAGUUUGCCGAGUUCCUGGCGCCACAAGAUGUCAGCAUCUUCUAUGGAUCCACUGCGCCAUACCACUUGCCCUCCUGGAGCGCCUGCACUUCUUCCACUGCUGGUGUAAUGGAUUACACCCAGGAGAAAUCCGUCUUCUGUCGUAUCAGCGGAGGUUACGAGAGUGGACGCGAGCUGCGCUACUACCCUUUCCGGCUCACCCCGUACCUGACCAAAGUGUGCGACUCCGACAGCACCGAGGGACGACCGUGCUGUUUGCUCAUCGCAGAGCGCAUCCAUUCAGGCUACGAAGCUCCCAGAAUUCCUCCCGAUAAGAGAAUCUUCACCACCAGACACACCCCCAGUUGCCUAUUUCAGGAUGUGGAUGAGCGAGCUGCUCCUCUGCUAGGCUACCUUCCUCAGGACCUGAUUGGAACCCCUGUCCUUUUCUACGUACAUCCUGAGGAUCGGCCUCUCAUGCUGGCCAUACACAAAAAGAUUUUGCAGUAUGGCGGCCAACCCUUUGAUCACUCACCCAUCCGCUUCUGCGCCCGCAAUGGCGAAUACGUCACCAUUGACACCAGCUGGUCCAGCUUUGUCAACCCCUGGAGCCGCAAAGUCUCUUUCAUUAUGGGGAGGCAUAAAGUGCGGACGGGUCCCCUCAAUGAGGAUGUCUUCACAGCCCCCAAGGUCCCGAAGGCAAAGCCUAUGGAAACAGACAUCCAGGAACUUUCAGAGCAGAUCCACCGUUCCCUGCUACAGCCAGUACACAGCAAUGGGUCCACUGGCCUUUGUAGCAUUGGCAGCAAUGCUUCCCAUGAGCAGUUCCUAAGCAUCGCCUCAUCUAGCGACAGCAAUGGCAUCCCCAACGAGGAGGCGCAAGCUAUUCGGCCGAUGACUUUCCAGGAGAUCUGCAAAGAUGUGCACAUGGUGAAGAACCAGGGCCAGCAGGUUUUCAUUGAAUCCCAAGUCAAGCCCCAGCCCCACAAACAUUCCCGACAAGCUCUGGAAGUGCCAGUCAAUCGCAGCAGCCAGCCCAUGGAGACCCCAAGGGACCUGGAGAGGAGGCCAGCUACCUCUGAGGAGUCAGUGAGGAAAGAAUCCUCCAACUAUUCCUACCAGCAGAUCAACUGCCUAGAUGGCAUCAUCAGAUACCUAGAGAGCUGCAAUAUUCCAAGCCGCGUGAAGCGGAAAUGUGGCUCCUCCUCGUACACCACAUCCUCAACAUCAGAUGAUGACAAGCAAAAAGUUGGUGAAGAAGUGGCCUGUCACAGCAAAGAUGCACCAGAGGAAAUGCUACCGACCCCGGAGAGCCAGUCCAAGAGGGAAGAGCCCGGGACGGCAGCAGCUGCCGUGGUGGGAGGCCCACUGACUCCGCUGGCCUUGCCUAGCAAAGCCGAGAGCGUGGUCUCCGUGACCAGUCAGUGUAGCUUCAGCAGUACCAUCGUCCACGUGGGAGACAAGAAACCUCCCGAGUCGGAUAUCGUCAUGAUGGAGGAGGCGGCACCCAGCGCGACCCCUCCGGCCCCCCCACCGAACGUGACCCCAGACCGGGAGCAGCAGUACCGCAAGGUGGGGCUGACCAAAGAGGUCCUCUCCAUCCACACCCAGAAGGAGGAACAGGCCUUCCUCACCCGCUUCAAGGACCUCAGCCAGGUCCACGUCUUUAACUCGUCCUUGGGACUCAGCUCACAGGGGCAGGCUCACCCUGGACCCCAUGCCAACCGAGGACACCACAAAGGUCCCCCUCGACAGGGCGCACGAGGCCCAGGGUACCGUGGACGCAGCCGGAAAUCCAAAGCCAAGCGCAUCAAACAGAACAAGUCCACAGACAGCACCAGCUCCCCGCAGAACUCGGCUUCUCCUCCGCACCUCCUCUGUGCCCCCGGCUCCACCUCCUGGGCUCCCUCUGGCAACUCCCAAAACAGCCUCCCCACCAUGCCUUACCCGACCGUCAUGCCCACCUACCCGAUUCCGGUCUUUCCCCCUCGACCCGCCGCUCCCUCGGCCGCGGAGCCCAUCCAGAACGCUUUGCCUGCCCCCCAGUUCCCCACCCCUCUGGUCACCCCCAUGGUGGCCUUAGUCCUGCCGAACUAUGUUUUCCCUCAGAUGAACAGCCCUCUCCCCCAGUCCUACUUCCCUGGCGGCCCUGUUUUCCCUUUCGCCCCACAGCCGGUUGGGAGCACAGCUACUCCUGGGCCCGAUGUGGGUGCACAGGGCCUGUCGCGCUCCUCCACCCCGCACUCGGUGAGCCAGCCUGAGCGGCCCGAGUCACCCCUCUUUGAGUCGCGCUGCAGCUCCCCUUUGCAGCUGAACCUGUUGCAGAUGGAAGAGAUGCCCAAGGUGGGCGACCGCCCGGAAGCAGCCGCCAGCAGCCAGACAGGGCCGAUGGGAGCCCCCACGGACUGGGCCGGCGUGAGCAGCGGGCAGGGACUGACCAAUGAACUCAGCACCCAGAAAGAAGCAUGUAUGGUGGAAACACAUGAUUCCUCCAACAACGAUGCUCUGUCCAGCUCCAGUGACCUCCUGGACCUGCUCCUUCAGGAAGAUUCACGCUCUGGCACGGGGUCAGCCGCUUCGGGCAGUGGCUCCGCUGCCUCUGGCUCCAUGGGUUCUGGCUCCAAUGGCGGUAGCACUUCUGCCAGUGGCACAACCAGCAGCAAGAGCAGCAACACCAGCAAAUACUUUGGCAGCAUCGACUCCUCGGAGAACGACCUACGAGGCAAGAAGCGCACAGAGGUGGAAGACAAUGAACAUUUCAUCAAGUACGUCCUGCAAGAUCCCAUUUGGCUGCUGAUGGCCAACACUGAUGACAAGGUCAUGAUGACCUACCAGCUCCCUACCAGGGACAUGGAGGCAGUGUUGAAGGAGGAUCGGGAGAAGCUGAAGCAAAUGCAGAAGCGGCAGCCCCGGUUCACGGAAGAACAGAAGAAGGAAUUGGGCGAAGUGCAUUCCUGGGUCCAAAAGGGGAUCCUGCCCAAAGCGAUCAACAUCACGGCUUGUGUGGAUUGUGGAAGCAACCCAUCCUCCAAGGUCUCCCCUUUGUACGACAUCGAGGUCCAAGACAUGGACGUGAACGGCAUGCUGGAGCCAAUGGAGGAAGGCAAUGGGGGCCAGACCUGCCACCCAUCCUUGCCCCCGGAAAUGGCCAUGGAAGAGGAGGAGGCCGGAGGAGGAGAAAGAGGGGAGCAGCCGCUUCAGGCAGCAGAAGCGCAGAGGGAGAGCUUGGGCUAACCCUGAAGGGGCCAAACUAUGGACCCGUUUCCCAAAGCUAGGCGUGCUUCGGCUUGUCCUGCACAGGGGCGCUUCUGAGCCCUGAAGCCCAAAGGCAGAAACCUGCUGCGGUUCCCCGAAGCAUCUUCUCUGCUCUUACUGCAGCUCUGCCUCCGGUGGCCAUGGAACGGCUAUGAAGAGACGUGGUUUGACUCGUUGGGUUUUUUGUGGGCCUGGUUGGCCAUCUGCUCCAUGGAGAGAGAACAGUUUGGAACCAGGAGCCGGGGACCAGCUUUUCCAGCCUGGAACUCUGGACCAGAACGUCCCGUCCGACCUUCGAUCCCUUCCCCUGUCCUUGCUGCCUUAUUGAGGGUUUGGACCCAGAUGGCCCAUGACUUUGGGCAGGAGGGAACCUGGAUUUUUGUGUAUUUAUUGUUUUGAUGCUGUGUACUUUAUUGUAUUGUUUCUUUUCUUUUUUUACCGAUCUGCAUCCAUGCUCUCGGGAAGGGAGCUGCUUGCAGCACUGAUUAUAAUAAAAGAAAGAAAUGGA